CGCCGUUCUUGGUGUUGAGCGUUAACCGAUUUUGAAGUUUCCUAAUCUGGCUCCAGAGGUUCUUUUACAGUGUCUCUAAAGUGAGUGAGAAAAAUUGGAUAAAAUUCCUGCCGUUUGGGGGAAAGCAGAAGCAAGAAUUGGCUUAAAGAUGUUUAAGAAUAAUGUUACUGAACAUAAGCUAAAUGUGGAAGCCAUAAUCAAAAACAUUAACACAAUUUCUUUGGAGUUGAAAAAGAUGAAAGAUUUGCAUCACUUGCGAAUGCCUACAGCAGCCAUGGCCAAGGGGACUGGGAUUGCCAAGACCAGUUUGGACCAGUCAGGACUUACUGCUGGAGCUGGGGAGAGGAGUACCUCAAACGAAAUC